AUGUCUGGUCGCGCAAUUCUGGCUCUGGCAGCGGGCGUCAGCUUUGCUGUCGCUGCACUUGUACCUGGCCUCGACCCAGCUACUGCCAACGUUAGCACUGGCCACUUUUCCGUCGAACAAAUCAUCAAGGCUGAGCAUCCCGUGCUUGCAGUUGCCAGAACCUACCUGAAAUACGGCAAACCCCUACCUCUGGAGUUGCAAGAGGGUGUGCGAGAAGUCACCGCUUUGACGAAGCGUGCAAAGGGCAGUGUCACUGCCAACUCCAACUCCCACCCGGGUGGUAAUUCAUGGGAUUACCAAGUUUCCGUGUCAAUAGGCAGCCCGGUGCAAGAGAUUGGCGUAAUUUUCGACACUGGCUCCUCUGACUUCUGGUUCUUUGGGAAUGACUCAACGGGGUCCAACUGCAAGGCUCACCACUGCUACCGGCCCGAGAAGAGCAAAACCGCCAAGAAGUUAGACGGUUAUACGUUUAAUGUUACCUAUGGCGAUCAAACCCACUGUUCCGGCCCCGUCUACACCGACAAUGUCACAAUCGGUGGCUUUACGGUGAAGGAACAAGCCGUUGGUCUUCAGAACUGGUUGGACGACAUGGAAACCCUAAAUCUCGACGGAAUUGUAGGCUUAAGCUUUGGUAAUGGCAACUCGAUCGAGCCUAAACAGCAGAAGACCUGGUUCGAAAACAUGAAGCCGUCCCUUGACGCCCCCCUUUUUACAGCCGAUCUACAACCAGGCGGGAAGGGUGUGUACAACUUUGGCUACGUCAACAAGAGCAUGUAUACCGGUAAUCUUAUCUACGCCGAUGUCGACUCCAGCCGGGGAUAUUGGAUGAUCACGCCGAGCGGGUACUCGAUUGGCGAUGGGAAAUUCAACUCGACCAAGUGGAAUGCUGUUGUCGAUACUGGCACUUCGCUGAACCUGGUGCAGCGGCAUUUGUUUGAUGCGUGGAUCAGCAUGGUUUCAGGAAGCAAGGUCUACUUCGGAAUAAGUUUAGUCGCAUGCGAUGCAAAGCUUCCCCCGUUCGUCAUCGGCAUUGGUGAUGCCACCCUCACUAUUCCGCCCAAGUAUUUGAACCUUGGCGAUGUUCUCAAGGUAGACAACUACUGUCUCAGCGGCAUACAGCCGGACGACACAUUUGACUUCUCUAUCCUUGGCGUCGUUACUCUCAACAGCGCCUUUGUUGUCUUUGAUGACACUGAUCAUGCUCCGAAGGUUGGUUUCGCAACCAAGCAUUAG